AUGGUACGAAAGUUUAAAAGAAAAACUAAUAGAGGUUAUACUUCUGGAGAUGUCAUAAUGUGUGCUGUUAAAGAUGUAAAUAUUAAUAACAUUUCUAUUAGAUCAGCAGCAAAAAACCAUGGCAUUAAUUACAGAACAUUAGCACGUUAUUGUAAAAAAAUUGUUAUUACUAACCCAUCACAUGAAAAAGUAGAAAAAGAACUGGUCACCUACCUGUUGCGAGCAGCAGAUAUAUAUUUUGGUUUAACUCCUACCAAAGUAAAAAGGCUUGCUUUCCAGCUAGCAAUUAAAAAUAAUAUUAAGGUUCCCAAUUCUUGGGUUGUAAAGGAACAAGCUGGUAAGGAUUGGUUUACAGGAUUUAUAAAGCGCCAUUCAAAUAUUUCCAUUAGGCAACCUGAAGCUACUAGUUUAAGUCGAGCGACAAGUUUCAAUAAGCAGAAUGUUGCAUCAUUUUUUAGCAAUUUGCAGCACUGUAUGCAAAAAUACUCAUUCUCACCAAAUGACAUUUGGAACAUGGACGAAACUGCUGUAACUACUGUACAGCAACCUAAAAAGGUUAUUGCGAAAAAAGGAUUAAAACAAGUAGGAGCCAUAACGUCAGCUGAAAGAGGAACUCUUGUAACAUUAGCAUGCACAAUAAAUGCUAUUGGAAAUAGUAUUCCACCCUUUUUUAUUUUUCCUCGUAAAAACUUUAAAGAUCGUUUCCUAUUCAGUGCACCAACAGCAAGUGCAGGAGAUACAAAUCCAAGUGGAUUAGAUUUGGCAAAAAAUAAUGGAAUAGUAAUGCUUACCUUCCCACCACAUUGCACACAUAAGUUGCAGCCCUUGGAUAAGGCAGUUUAUGGUCCUCUCAAAAACUACAUAAAUACUGCUAUGACAUCAUUGUUAGUAAUGAAUCCUGGAAACAUUGCAUUUCCAAAGGCUGUAUCUCCCCACAAUAUUUUAAGUGGUUUUUCUGCAACAGGUAUUUACCCGUUAAAUCCUGAUGUGUUUACUGAAAAUGAUUACUGUCCUAACUAUGUAACUGAUCGCCCUGACCCACCUUGUUCACAGGCUGAUUCAAAUAAAAAAGACUGUGAAUCUUUUCAAUGCAACCAGAACCAUCAAAUAAAAGAUUUAAAGAAUCUAUUCAGAUACCAGAUAAUCAGGUAG